AUUCGAAAUUUCUAUUACAUUUUCUGAAAGGAAAGCAACAGCUUUGGCGGUUAUCUAGAGAAGUAGACAAAGUGUUUUAGUGUUCUGUCUCCCAUGGACGUAUUUUACUUGAUAAGUUAGCUUUUUUUAAUUGGACUGAAAAUGGGAGACAAUUACGAAUGGGAACUCAGCAAAGAAAACAUUCAGCCAUUAAAGCAUGGAAGAAAUAUCGGCAGCUUGUUGACAGCCCUAACCGUCGGUGAAGAUCAUGCCAAGCAUCAACGAAAUGAACAGCGAAAGGCUAUGGAACUUGACAUCAUGGCUUAUGAUGGCUCAGAUCCACUUGAACUGUGGAGCCGAUACAUCCAGUGGGUGGAAGAAAAUUAUCCACAGGGUGGCAAGGAGAGUGAUUUGCAGAUGGUGCUGGAACAGUGCCUUGAAAAGCUGAGAGACUCAACUCAAUACCAGUCUGAUCCUCGCUUACUCGAGAUAUAUCUACGCUACUUGGAUCUGACUGAGAACAAUGCAGAAUGGUACAACCAACUCUAUGGUGCUGGCUAUUUUCACAAAUUGGCCAGUUUUUAUAUUCAUUGGGCUGAGACAUUGGAGGCUUGUUCCAAUUUUAAAGAAGGGACCCGAAUCUACAUGCUAGGUCUGCAAAAUAAAGCAGAGCCUCUUAUCAAACUGGAAGAAAAUUUUAAACAUUAUCAAGCUCGAGUGGCCAGUGCCCUUUUCAAAACAAUGACCAACCCUGUUCCCUUGGACGAGAACAAUGAGCCAAGCCGUAACGCCUUCGGGGAAUUGGAGACGGAAAGCAAAGCCCCAAGCAUUCGUUCAGGAACAACUGUACGGAAAUUUCAAAACAAUCGUCUUUUACCACCAGCAUCGACUGUUUCCAAAGGAAACAACAAGCCCAUCUUUAUUUUAGACGACGAAAACAAUCCUGGUGGUGGGACUCAAUCAACGCUCAUCAGUUCCAAAGUAGCUCUCCCCAUUCAGUCGGUGAUGAAGGCGGAAAAUUCGCUCAAACCAACCAAAUGGACUGAAGCCCAGUCGGUAGUCAACGAAGUUGUUCCGGCUAUUCCCGCUCAACCCAGCUUUCAGGUUCAUGUGGAUGAUGACAUUCCAUUGCCGUCUAGUCAGCGCAAAGCGACCGACGGUUUCAGUGGAGCGCUAAAGGACAAGUCGGCCGCGCCAACCAAAUUGAACCCUCAGACGCUGUUUGAGCGUGAAAACCCCAAAGUCAAAUUGAUGUGCGAUCUCAAUAAGAUCACGGUAGGCCACCGGGAAUUCAGUUUUGAAGAGAUUCGACGUCAGUGCUACGAGCGCUCCGGCCGUUAUCCCACUGUAGCUGCAGCCCAAACGGAAACGCCAGUCACCCCAAUCUCUUCCGCCGCGCUCCUGAACGUCCGGUCCAAAGAAAAGAGCUUGAAGAAUCGAACACCAUCCGAUGUUUCUGCCAUCACCCCAAAAGCUAAAACUCCCAAAAUUGUUGCACCACCACCGCCGCUCAAACCCAACGAAAAAUGGCAUUGCGACAUUGAGGCGUUGUACCCGGGGGGUCGGGAGUUGAGCUUUGAACAGUUGCGCGCUCAAUAUUACGCAGCCAGAGCAGUCCCUUCUAAACCGACUGUUACUCAAUCGCCCGUACCAGAAGCCCCUCCAGUUGAAGUGCAAAUCUCCGCAUUGGCUUUGUCGGAGCAGAAUCCUGCAUUGCCAUCUGAUCCUAUUCCUAUUCUACCUUGUGAACCGAAGAAAGAUGCACCUACUACACGCGAAAUUUCGGUUCAAACUGAUUUGUUUGGAUUGGAUUUUGAUAUCCAGUUGGUACCCCGUCGAAGAGUGGCUAGUCCACCCUGCAAGGUACCCUCACCUCGUCCAGUGGAACAAAACAGCCCAACUGGUGGGAGCGGAUCCUCUCCAACUGUCAACACUAAACAAGCUCUUUCAAGUGUCAAGAGUUGGUUCAACGCCAGCGUUCUCCUGCCAGAACCGAAAACUGAGCCCAAACCGGCCAGAAAGUCCCUAUUUUCUAUUUUCAAAGAUCCUUCGAUGGUUGACGUCCCCGACGAAAGUGCUCCCGUCUCCAAAUCUUCAUUGCCGAAACCAUUUGCCGUGUUCACCGAACCGGAGGAAGCGGCCAUUCAACCCAAACGCUUCACCAUUAUGGAUGAGAACGCUCCAUUCGACCAAGAGAACGUCGUUUCUCACGCCCCGUCAGUGCCAAAGGUUCGCAAACCGCUGUCUGCCAUUGUUUCCAUCAUGCCAACCUGUCAAGAGAAUCCGAUUCCGGAAGAGGACAAUUUCAAAGAGAAUGUCCCGCCUGCCUCUCACGUCCAGGAGCCUGUCGUCAAGAGACAACUGAGUGGCAUCUUGGUCCCUUCUAUCGACAUCCCAUGUGAUCCUGCCGGUCUGGUGGAAGAAGACAUGAACACGGAAGAGGAGGAGGAGCCAGGAGCCGUAGUCCAACCUCCUCAUCCCUCGUCUGGUGUCAGUCGAGCUCUUUUUGCCGGAGACGAGGAUGAACAGACACGCCAUUAUUGCGUCCAGUUAAAUGACGAUGUCGAUUUCACCGUUCCUUCCGCCAUGGCUUUUGCCAAUAACCUUCGCAUCCAGAGCACUCCGCUUCUGACUUCUCGACAGCAGCAACCUCUGGCAGCCGUAGAAGAAGCCACUUUUAAUUUGCCUCGAGGUCGAGCACUUCAGGCCAGCGCGGAAUCUACUGGCAUCGCAGUUUCAGUCGCUGCUCCGGCCGCUUCGUCUAGGACUUUGAGGGGAUUGAGUCCCAUCGAUGAAAGAUCUCGAGAAUAUUAUUCCUCCUCCGGCAGCAGUGCUGGAACCACUGGAUUGGCUCAUCAAAGUCGCUUGAGUGUCGGCCGCAGCCUUCACUGUACCGAUGUUGCCCGCAUCUAUCCGCCGCAUUUCGAUCCUUUUGAUAUGGAUCACCGCAACACUCAACUCACUCAACUGGCCAUCCCACUUCACGAACGCAACGGGUUCUACCCCGUCAGCGGUCGGUUGCCGUGGUUGCGGAGCAAUUCGAGCGUCCAGCUUGGCGGGAAUCAGUACGUCAUCAAGCAGCAAAUAGGCCAAGGUGCUUAUGCCAAAAUCUACGAAGCCAACGAGGAAGGCCAGCGUCUUGUCCUCAAAGUCCAAGAUUCCGACGGCAUUUGGGAGUAUUACAUCACAUCUGAAUUACAGCGUCGAUUGGCCGACUCACCAACCGUAAUUUAUUUCCAUUUACUUAAUUAUUUUCCCUGUAAUUACAUUUUUAAAAUCUUAUUGCAGUCCGGCUCGGUGAUGACGGUUAAUUGCGGAUAUUUUUACGACAGCGGUAGUAUUCUGGUCAACCAAUACCUUCCCCAUGGAACCUUGUUGGAUCUCAUUAAUAGCUACAAAUUAAAGAACACAAGUAUGCCGGAAUCGCUCGUGUAUCACUUUAGUUUGCAGUUGCUCUCUAUUGUGAGUGAUAUGCACGAGUGUGGCAUUCUGCAUGCCGACAUCAAGCCGGAUAAUAUUUUACUGCAGAGUCCUUUGACGUCCAUCCUUCACUCAUCCGAGAAUUGGACUGCCGAGGAAGUUUUAGCUCAAGAUAAACGCACCCUGAAGCUCAUCGAUUUCGGUCGUAGCAUCGAUCUGGCUCUGUAUUCCGACAGGACCGCUUUCAUGCACGUCUUUCAAGAUGACAAAUGCCCAGAAAUGAGGGACGGCAAGCCGUGGAGUUACCAGUUGGACUAUUAUGGAUUGGCCACCUCUAUUUACACGAUGCUGAUGGGAGUCCACUGCAAAAUAAUUUACUCAGAAGCUCAGUGGAAAGUGCCCACCUUGAAACGUGGACAUAAUAGCGUUUGGCGCGAUUUAACCACAACUUUGCUCAAUGCCUCAGCGGGCUCAACCCUGGACUUGGAACAGUUCCGACACGCUCUGGCCACUCAAUUGGUGUCUUCCAUCAAGCCUCGCGAAUUCAACGACAAGAUGCGUGAACUCGAGCGCUAUCUCGUCCAUAAAUAAUGAAAAAGGUUUAUUCACACUUUAAUUCAUGUUUGACGUCCUGCCCUUCUUAUCAUAUGAAAAUGAACGCCUUGUUUCCUUCCCCAUACCCUGCACUUGAAUUAUUUACCUAUCGGAAAACAAAUAAAUCUGAUUCCAAUAUACUAAAUUUUUCAAAUA